AUGGAGCUGAGCAGCAAGAAGAAGCUGCACGCCCUGUCCCUGGCCGAGAAGAUCCAGGUGCUGGAGCUGCUGGAUGAGUCCAAGAUGUCCCAGUCGGAGGUGGCCCGGCGCUUCCAGGUCUCCCAGCCCCAGAUCUCACGCAUCUGCAAGAAUAAGGAGAAGCUGCUGGCGGACUGGUGCAGCGGCACGGCCAACCGGGAGCGCAAGCGCAAGCGGGAGUCCAAGUACAGCGGGAUUGACGAGGCCCUGCUCUGCUGGUACCACAUCGCCCGGGCCAAGGCCUGGGACGUGACGGGGCCCAUGCUGCUCCACAAAGCCAAGGAGCUGGCCGACAUCAUGGGCCAGGAUUUUGUCCCCAGCAUUGGCUGGCUGGUCCGCUGGAAACGCCGGAACAAUGUGGGCUUCGGGGCCCGGCACGUCCUGGCGCCUCCGUUCCCCCCCGAGCCCCCUCCCCCGGGCCCCACGUCCCAGGCCCAGCCUCCUCUUUCUCUCAAAGACUUCUCCCCCGAGGACGUUUUCGGCUGCGCCGAAGUGCCUCUGCUGUACCGGGCAGUGCCCGGCAGAGGGGGCGCGCGCGACCGGGUGCAGGUGCUGCUGUGCGCCAACAGCAGAGGCACCGAGAAGCGGCGCGUGUGGGUCAGCGGGCUCCGGGCCGCGCCAACGUGCCUCUUCGGGGUCAGCGGUGCGGCUCUGCCGGCCUCCUACCACCCCGACCUGGGCGUCCCCUGGUCAGAGUGGCUGGCCCAGUUUGACAGGGACAUGGCGCGGCAAGGCCGACAGGUGACCCUGCUGCUGGCCGCCCGGGUGGCGGAGGGGUUGGCCGGCCGGCCCGGGCUCCGCCACGUGCGGCUCCUGCCUCUGGCCGCCGACGGCAGCACGCCUUCGCUGCCCGGCUCCGUGGUCCGGGCCUUCAGGACCCACUACCGGCACCGCCUGCUGGGCAAGCUGGCUGCCGUCCGGAGCAAGAGGGCCGGCGCCUCGCUGGCCGAGGCCGCGGCGGGCAUCACCGUGCUGGACGCGCUGCACAUGGCGGCGGCCGCCUGGGCCAAGGUGCCCCCCCAGCUCAUCGGGAGCAGCUUCGUCCAGGAAGGGCUGGCUCCCUGCAAGAUGUCCCCGUCCCCAGACCAAGCCUCCGAGAUGCCGCCGGUCCCCGGCGGGCUGAGCCUCGAGGAGUUUUCCCGCUUUGUGGACCUGGAGGGUGAGGAGCCCGCGUCUGGGGGGUGCAAGGAGGAGACGGGCACUGAGGACGAGGCGGGGGCCGGAGAGGACGGCCUCGGGCCCCUGCCCACCAAAGCCGACGCCCUCCGGGCACUGGGCACGCUGAGGAGGUGGCUGGAGUGCAACGGCACCUCCCCUGAGCUCUUUGAAAAAUUCUACGCCUGCGAGGAGGAGGUGGAGCGUCUCUGCGGCUCGUGAGGGGCCCCCCUUGCUGCUGGCCGGGCCCCCCCCCCCUCCUGUUUCCCAUGGAAACGCCCUCGCGAGGAAGGCGGGCUGGAGGCUGGGCUCUUUCCCGCGGAAAUGGAGCUUCGGGAAAGGUGUGGAAGGGAGACAAGCGGUGGAGACCGAGUCGAAGCCCCGAGAGAAGGUCGCCCCAGCCUCCAGAAGAGGGUUCUGAAGAUGGGGCGCGCCAGGCGGGGUGUGAGGCUAGCGUGUCGUUUCUCAACCUCCAGGGAGGCCGGGA